AUGCUCCAAAUUAGGAAAAUAUUGGCAUACAUUGCCUUGGCGCAAUUUUAUGAACCUAUAAUAUCUUCACAAGUGCCCCUUUUCCCUCAAUCCCAUACACAAGGCUACGAAUUCGACGCCUUGCUUCAUCUACCAGGAAUCAGUCCUUAUUUUGAUGCCGUAGGCUCAGGACUCAAUCAUGGAGCUCCUCAACACUGUGAGGUGACUGCAGCUUCAUAUCUCAUUCGCCAUGCCGCAAUCUACGCAAAUGAUCGCGACUACGAGGAUUACAUUGAGCCUUUCAUCAAGAAGUUAAACAGUACUUUCAAUUCUGCUCUAGGGAAAAAAAGAAACGGAUGGAAGGGCCCUCUUUCCUUUUUCGAAACAUGGACGAAUCCCAUAGAUGACCCGGAUAAUCAAUUGGAGAAAAUCACACCUCAAGGAAUCAAAGAUUCAAGAAAAGUUGGCAAACAUUUACUAUCUCGAUAUCCAACCUUGGUUCCUACGACGAAAAGGAUCUACGCCGAUAAGAAGUCGAGGACACAAGACACAGCCAACUCCUUUGUCCAUGUAUUUCCUCAAGAAGUGGAGGUUGUGGAGUUGCAUUCGAACAGGUCAUCAUUCCAUUCGCAAAACCCUCAUAAAGCAUGCAAAGCGUUUUCAAAAGAGCCAGGCACGGACGAGCAAGGUACAUUCAUUACAAAGUAUACGGGCCCGAUAAUAGCACGGCUACAGCCCUUUUCUCCGGUCAACUUGGACAAAGCAGACAUCAUGGGCUUGCAACAGCUUUGCGGUUACGAGUCUGCGAUUAAUGGUCUGAAAAGUAAGAUUUGUGAUGUCUUCACAGAUGCCGAGUGGAUGGCAUACGAGUAUGCGUGGGAUAUGAAGUACUCUUACAUGGUUGGACAUGGAAAUCCUCUCUCUCCAUACCUCGGCUUCCCUUGGCUCAACACAACGUCGCAGCUUAUGUCCAAAUUCCAUCGUCAAAGACACGCUGGUGGUGGUGACAUCCCGGAUGACGAUGGCCAACGGUUCUUCCUCAGCUUCACCCAUCGAGAGGUCCCGCCUUUUAUUGCAACAGCUCUUGGCCUCUUCAAUUCAUCCAACGCACAUGCAGAAGAGUUUCCCACAGAUCGUAUCAAUUGGGCCAGAUCGUGGAAGAUGGCUGAGCUGAUUCCUUUCCUUGGUCACGUGGGAAUCGAGAAACUCACGUGUAAUUCUGUUUCAUCUAAUCCGGAGGAUGAUGAAGAAUACAUUAGAAUCAUUGCGAAUAGUGCCCCGAGGCCGAUUCCGAGAUGUCAGGAUGGACCCGGCGCGAGUUGUGCUUUUCAUAAUUUCACAGGUCUGGUAGAAAAAGGGAUGGAAAUCUAUGGCGAUUUUGAUGGUAUCUGCCAAAAUAAUGACGACAAUGACAACAAAGAAGAUCUUUAG